AUGGCUGCCCCACGUGUUCCUGAUACACGAGGCCCAGUGUUGAAUCAAGCUGACACAUGGGUCCUGCAGUCUCAAACCCUGACAUACCUGGACGCUGUCCUGGAGCGACUCUGUCCAAAACAGGAUGUACACGUGGCAUUAGCUGUUACAAACACCAUGUCCACAACUAACAGUCUGCAGUAUGCUCCAAGCGGACUUGCACCCACAGCUCCUGCUACUUCCACCUCAUACCCACCUCCACUAAAGGCAAUUCGGGUCCUAGCCCCAACAAGCCACCCAUGUCUGCAGGAGUGUGUGGGACAG